AUGAGUGAACCAAGAGUGUCACACAUGAAGGCUGCAAGAAGAACUCUAAGAUACUUAAAAGGAUCGAUAGAGUAUGGAAUUCAAUUUCGACGAAAUUAUGAAGACAAAGAAGCAAUAAUAACUUGUUUUUCAGAUGCUGAUUGGUGUGGAGAUAAGGAAGAUCAAAGAUGCACAACUGAUGAAUAUUUCUUUCAAGUAUUUGGUGCUCCAGUUUCAUGGUGUUCGAAGAAAAAUCCUGUGGUGGCAUUAUCAUCAUGUGAAGAUGAAUAUAUAGCAGGAUCCUAUAAUGCAUGUCAAGCAAUUUGGAUUAGAUCGGUACUUGAAGAAAUGGAGGUAAAAGUAAAGAAACCUCUUAUGUUGCAAAUUGACAACAAGUCAGCCAUAAAUCUGGUGAAGAAUCCAGUUUUGCAUGGAAGGAGUAAGUAUAUCAAAGCUAGAUUUCACUUCCAAAGGGAAAAGGUAAAUCGAGGUGAACUUGAACUUAGACAUUGCUUGAAUGAAGCACCGUUGGCCGACAUUUUUACAAAGGAUUGA